AUGAGAAGCGAAAUAGUGAUUCAAAGAAAGCAAAGAGACAUCCUACAUAUGAAUUCCCACUGCUACUCUGUGUGUUUAUCGCCGAAGGACUUUUGAACCUGCAGAGGCAGAUUUGACAUAGGACGGAGCGGCUCUAUUGUCCCAGAAUCCACGGGCUCAGGCUCCAGCAGCCUCCAUCACUACCUGUCAGGCCAGAGCACUGCUACCUCCGAUCCAGCUGACAUGGCUCCCACCCUGGCCACAGCUUUCUCCCGCCGCUGGUGGAUGGCGGUGACAGCCGUCAUGGAAAACCUGCUGUUCUCUGCCGUGCUGCUCGGCUGGGGAUCCCUGCUCAUCAUGCUCAAAUCUGAGGGCUUCUACUCCUACUUGUGCAAAGGACCUGAAAACAGCUCCAGCCUCAACAUGUCCAACACGUCCACUGCUGAGGAUGACAGGCCAGCUGAGCAGGAGCACCUGGAGAUGAAUGGCUGGUCCAUCUGCAAGGAGCAGGACGAGAUGCUCAACCUGGCCUUCACUGUGGGCUCUUUCCUGCUGUCUGCUAUCACCCUUCCCAUGGGCAUCGUAAUGGACAAAUACGGACCACGGAAGCUGAGGCUUGUAGGCAGCGCCUGCUUUGCCUUCUCUUGCCUUCUCAUCGCAUAUGGAGCAAGCGAUCCCAACAAUCUGUCCAUCCUGAUCUUCUUUGCAUUGGCGAUGAAUGGGUUCGGAGGCAUGUGCAUGACCUUCACCUCUCUGACGCUCCCCAACAUGUUUGGAGACCUGAGGUCAACCUUCAUCGCCCUGAUGAUUGGAUCUUAUGCCUCCUCUGCUGUCACCUUCCCUGGCAUUAAGGUGAUCUAUGAUCUGGGUGCCACCUUCAUCUCCAUCCUACUGGUUUGGGCUGGCUGUGCCUGUCUUGUCUUCCUCAACUGCUUCGUCAACUGGCCUCUGGAACCCUUCCCCGGCCCAGAGGACAUGGAUUUCACGGUGAAAAUCAAGUUCAGCUGGCUGGGCUUUGACCACAAGAUCACUGGGAAGCAGUUUUACCGGCAGGUGACCAAUGUGGGGCGUCGUCUCAGUGUCGGCAACGCCAUCAAACAGCACCAACAGCCGACUCAAGACCUGGCCACGCAGGAGGCCAACAAGCUGUGCCUGUCCACUGUCGACCUGGAAGUGAAGGGCAAGUCCAAGGAGGAGACUCAGUCCUUCAUGAAGAGUAUCUACAGUUCCAUCUUCUUGCUGAGCCUCAUCACAAUGUGUGUGACCCAGUUGCGCCUCAUCUUCUACAUGGGAGCCAUGAACACCAUCCUGGAGUCCCUGACAGAGGGAGACCUUGGCACAGUGGAGAGGAUGCAUGUAGUGAGCAUCUACACGUCCGUCUUUGGCGUGCUCCAGCUUUUGUGUCUGGUCACCUCCCCUGUGAUUGGCUACGUCAUGGACUGGCGGCUCAAAGACUGCGAGGAUGAGAAUGACAAGAGUGCCGAGAGGGAGCCUGGUCAGCCCCGUCGCCCUGACAAACAGAUCCAGAAGAUUGUCAAUGCUACUAGAGCCUUCAUCUUCACCAACCUGCUCCUGGUUGGCUUUGGAGUCACCUGCAUCAUCCCUAACCUGCCCCUUCAGAUUCUGUCCUUUAUUUUGCACACUAUUGUCAGAGGUUUCAUCCACUCUGCCGUCGGAGGCCUCUAUGCUGCUGUGUACCCAUCUUCUCAGUUUGGCAGCCUGACUGGCAUGCAGUCUCUGAUCAGUGCUCUGUUCGCACUGCUCCAGCAGCCUCUUUUCAUGGCCAUGGUGGGACCCCUGGAGGGAGACCCUCUAUGGGUGAAUGUGGGCCUGUUGGCACUGAGCAUGCUGGGAUUCUGUCUGCCUAUCUACCUGCUGUGCCACAGCCGUCACCUCCAGCGCCUCAGAGAUGAGCGUGAUGAGGAUCCCAAGAUUUAUGUUAAAAUGAACAACGGCGGCAAGCCCGAAGCCUUCGUGUAGUACUGGUGGAAGAUGAUUUAAAAAACUGGAGAGGAUGACCUACACUAAGGAGAGAAGGAAGCACAGAUAGAAGAGGAGAGGGAGAGGAGAGUGGCACACAUUACACUUUCCUGUGUAAUGUCUGAUAAAUACAUUCACGCUGUCAUCCUGUACCUCUCUCCGGUUUGUCUGAUAUCUCACAAAUCCUUUAUACAUUUUCACAGACACUCACCACUAUGCUACCUAUCACUUUUGCUCAAACAUGACUACAGACCACUGUGGCAUCCAAUGUCUCUCUCCCUCAUUUUUCCAGUAUACACUGUGACAAGCCACACACACACACACUUCUUCUCUAACUGAUUCAGCCUGACUGUCCUACCUAAAAACCACAGAAGAAGAAAACACCAAACCAACAGAAAGCCACAGUGAGGACAUUUUGGGGGCGACAACUUCUCAGUGACAGUACUGUACUUUAAAGCGACGAUACAAGAAACUGAUGCAUUUUGGACUCCUGCUACCAUGGUGACCUUUCUGAUUGGUUUGUAAACUCUCACCUCUCUCAGACAGCACAAUCCAGUGUUUAAUGGUGCUGCUUGUCGUCUCCUUUAUUAGUGAGGAUUUAAACAUUCUUUGGGAGACUACAAUAAAAGCAUAUACACAAAAGUAGCACCUUUGGUCAUGACAUCUUUGGUUCCUGUGGUGCUCGAGGGCAUUAACUGACAGCAGUAUUGGUAGCAGUUCGGACUGAGACACAGUAUGUUGGCUUUUUAAUCAGCACACGAUGCACAAAUGAGUUAGUCAAGAAAACACUGCAGCAUUUCUGCAUGUGUGUUACAUAAUGCAGCGUGAGAAACUGGUUUGGAUAAACAACACAUGCAUGAUGCCAGAGACAGUGCUGGUCCUAUAUUACUGUUUCACUCCAUCAUUAGUGCAGGAGACACUCAAAUUUGCCAUGCGGUCUGUUUUUCUGUUUUGUGUGUUUUUUUUAUAUUCUAAGUCAUGAAUUCUUAAUGUGUGUUUGGAAUAUGUAAGUGUUGUUUUUCUCAAAUGCGUGUACUUGCAAUACGGUCACAAAAGUGUUGUUAAAACUUUGUUCCCUGUAUAUGAUCUGAAGAUGUAAAAGAGAAAAUGUGCUGAGAGUAGGUAGACAGGACAGACACGUUAGAUACAGUGUCUUUGUUUAAAAGCUGGAGCCCUGUGUUUUUCUACUCACUACACACAUGAAUUUGGAGUCUUGAUUCAUUGUGGCAAUAAGUGCUUCUGUGAGGUGCUGGGCAACAUGUUGACACAAUCACACAGAGGCAGGAUCAUAUGUGUCAUUUAUUGGACUGUAUGGCUAAAUCUCAAAAGGUGCUAGUUGAAUUUACACAAAUGUAUUGUUUUGCUUUAAGGAGCAGUUGCUGUAAUUUUACCAUAAAGGCAACAAAUUGCCUUCAAAUUACUAACAACACCUGCUUUUUAGUUGCUGAUGCAGUAGAUUUCCAAAGAACCAAACAAGUUACAGUUUCAAAUUCCUACUUUUCUCUUUCUCUCCUAACACUUUUGUGGUAGUUCUGCACUAUAACACAAAGCACAAGCACAGCAUCUGAUCUGGGAAACUUGGAUUCACCUCUUAUGGACAUAAAGGAAGAUUAGCUUGAAGGGAGUAGGCUGAUGUCUUCAAAAAGGAAAACUCCCUAGAGGAGCAUGAAGCAUGUAAAGAAUGAUACAGGGAGAUAAUCAUUGCAGUUUGAUUGAGUCUGCUGUCUCCAGAUGCCAUACAGUGACACUCCUCAGAUAUUUUCUGCCUGGUAGUAUCUCACAGAGGCACAGACAGCCAUGACCCUCGGAGUACCUCUCUUAGAUGGUGGGAGGAGUGGAUCCAGGGAGGAUAUGAUACACCCACUCCUUCUCUCCGUCUAUUUGUUUAUCUACUGUUUUCAUCCACCCAUCCAUCCAUAAACACACCUUAAAAUGUUUACUGGUGUCCUGAAAGACAAGCCUCUGCUGCCAUAAGAUGCUCCCACUGAAUGUGUAAUUGAGAAAUGAAUAGCACAUGAUGCACUUUAGACCUCUAAAAUGGUCCUCAGUUGUGUAUUUCUGAAUGACCUGCCCCCCACUGUAUCCUACACACAGUACAUGGCUGCUUACUAGUGGUGCAUGAUGGAGAGAAUGUAUACUCAGAGUUUCAGGCAAGGAUUUGUAAUUCAGAACAUUGGAAAGGAAAGAUGCUGUUUUUUUAUACUCAGAAAAGAAACAUAUUUUUUCACGUUUGUUAUGUUGCCUUUAUGUGCAUGAACGGCAGAGUCUUGUCUCUCAGUUCAGGAGCAUUCUUAAGUGUGUACAUAUCAGUUGGAACUGUAGACAUUUUUGUCCUUACUAAACUGCAUGAGUUUGUUAUUUGUAAAGGUUCAGAGGAAAUUGUAAGGAAGUACAACUGGUGCAGAAAUGAUUUAACCAUAUUCAGUUAGAUGACAAAUGUGAAGGAACUUUUGUAAAGUGGAAAAUAAUUAUGUGUAAUUAAAAAAUUUUUCAUU